UCCGCUCGCUCCGCCCCUAGCCUGCGCGCGCGCGCGCCUCUCUACGGAGCCUCGGCGGGAGCUCCGCGGCCAAGAUGGCGGCGCCGGCGGCUGCUGCUGCAGCUGCUGCUAUGGCUUCCGGCGGCGGCAGCAACGGGGCUGGCAUGGAGGUGGACGCGGCGGCGGCGCCGGCGGUGAUGGCCUCGGGCGUGACGGGCAGCGUGUCGGUGGCGCUGCACCCGCUGGUCAUCCUCAACAUCAGCGACCACUGGAUCCGGAUGCGCUCGCAGGAGGGCCGCCCCGUCCAAGUGAUCGGAGCGUUGAUCGGCUGCCAGGAGGGCCGCAACAUCGAGGUGAUGAACUCCUUCGAGCUGCUGUCGCACGCCGUGGAGGAGAACGUGGUGAUCGACAAAGAGUACUACUACACCAAGGAGGAGCAGUUUAAGCAAGUGUUCAAGGAUCUGGAGUUCCUGGGCUGGUACACCACCGGCGGCCCCCCAGACCAGUCCGACAUCCAUGUCCACAAACAGGUUUGUGAGAUCAUUGAGAGCCCCCUCUUCCUCAAGCUGAACCCCAUGACCAAGCACACGGACCUGCCUGUCAGUGUCUUUGAGUCUGUGAUUGACAUCAUCAAUGGAGAGGCCACGAUGUUAUUUGCCGAGCUGACCUACACGCUGGCCACCGAGGAGGCUGAGCGCAUCGGAGUCGAUCAUGUGGCACGGAUGACAGCAACAGGCAGUGGGGAAAACUCCACAGUCGCCGAGCACCUCAUUGCGCAGCAUAGUGCCAUAAAGAUGCUUCACAGCCGUGUGAAACUUAUUUUGGAAUAUGUUAAAGCUUCCGAAGCAGGUGAGGUACCGUUCAACCAUGAGAUCUUGCGAGAAGCCUACGCCCUUUGCCACUGCCUACCUGUAUUGAGCACUGACAAAUUCAAGACAGAUUUUUAUGAUCAAUGCAAUGAUGUCGGCCUCAUGACUUAUCUGGGCACCAUCACCAAGACCUGCAACACCAUGAACCAGUUUGUGAACAAGUUCAACAUCCUCUACGACCGCCAGAGCAUCGGGCGCCGCAUGCGAGGACUCUUCUUCUAAGAUUUGGUGUUCCCUAUAAUAAAGCGAUUGUGCUGAAUGAGAUGUGCGUAGGAGUGCUCCAGGAUCACCAGGGUUAUUUCUUCCCGUUAAAAGGCCCAUCAAGCCCAGUAUGUCCCUUCCUCCCCCUCCCCCCAAAGCACAACCGGGAAUAGUUUUGAGCAGGAUGCUCUGGCUUGCACCUUUUGUAUCCCACCUACGUGCCCAGUGCAGUUUAACAGUGAGGAAGAAACCAAUGAACAAGAACAGAAUGAGAGGCAGUUUGGAAAUGGUACUCAGGGGUGGUUGUGAACUUUGGGUAAUUCAUCAGCAAGCUGAAUCAGACAGCACUAUGAAAGCGUUGUAAAAAAGGCAAGUUUAGGUUGCAUAAAAUUUAGUGUGACUUCCAAACUGCAGGAAAUGUUUGUUGUAGUCUGCUGGGCUGCAGUCAGGCCACCAAACAGUAGGAAUCAGAAGCUGGAGGAGCUUCAGAGGCAGCGAUGAUCAAUGGAUUAAAAACUGGCCCUUAUGUAAAAGUGGAAGGAGUUGUGUUCUCUUUGUGGUAGUUUCCAAUUAAAUAUUAGAAAAAUCUU